UGUUUGUGUGUGUGACCUACACACGCUCAAGUGCUCUCACACUGCCGUCCUCUCCGUCUGCUCCUCCUCGGGUCUCCUGCUCACCUCCAUGCAGGUGAGCUAUGGACGAAAGCACCUUUGAGACAUUUGAAGAAGAACUUGGUAAACCACUGCAAGAAGCUCCUCCUCAGAAACCUAUCAGACAAGUGCGAACAGGAGGCAGAGCAGAGAUGUACGCUCAGAGGAGGGUGCGAGAGGAAGCUCCAAUUGUCCAGCAGGUCCCGAAGAUGAUUCCACGGGAACAUCCGGUCUCCAGUGCCACAGCGACGUUACGCAAAGCUCUGUCCAUCCAGAAUCUGACACAGAUCGAGACGCCGUGGGAAGGUGUGACGCUGAACAGGUGUUUAAUCGCAGCCAUAACCAUCCUGCUGCUGAGCUCCGGUUUACAAAGAAUACACGACGCCGUCCGAGGCCGUAAAGACGUCAGUGAAGACCUCAUAGCACUAAACGACAGACACACUCUGAUUAAAAGAGGAAAAAUAACACCACAUGAGCCGGACACUUCCUUAUGGGACACGUUGUUCUGGUGGAUUGAUGAUGAUGAUGAUGAUGAAGGUAAAUCCAAGAGAGCGGCUCGUGGCAAAGUUUCCAGGAGCCUCAGACACCGGCCCCUUCCAGACCUCAGGCUCCUGAAGAAAAGAGACACGAGAUUCACUGAGCGCAGAAGAAGAGGAAAACGAGACGUAGAUGAGACUAAAGAGAGACUGACAAAAGACAAAGAGAUAAAAAGUCAAGAAGAAGAAGGUCAAGAAAGUGGAAGAAGAGGAGGAGGACAUAGAACAGAUGAAGAAACCAAAGAAACCAGUGAAAGAGAACAAGCAAAAACCUAAGAAGAAAGAAAGAGUCAGUGAUGUAUAGAUAACAAGUGCAGAAAGAAACAGGGAUGAUGAUGUACAUGCUUAAAUUGUCAUGAAAAUAAUGCAAAAUAAUCUUAAUGAUCCUACAAGGAUUCAUAGUCUUUAGGAAAAUGUGUUUUCUUUUGAUUUUAGGGUGAAAUAUGUUUUUGGCGCUCCCAGAUCUUGAUGCACUUCUUUAGUCAGUUGAUGAUAAUGUGUAUAAUUUGGUGCUUCUUGUGUGUUUUUUUUUUGCUUUGUAAAAUCUGUAUUUUUCAUAGAAUUGAUAGUAACUUGAUUUAAACCAUAAACCCCUUGAGAUUUUAAUGGCACUUUUUGCAAAUACAACUGCAAGCAAAACUCACAUUAUAUUCUGAUGAAGGAUUUAAGUUUCAGAUGCUACUGAAAUCAUUGAUUACUGUCAGGUGAGAUCAAGAGGUUACAGUAACAAGAAGUAGUUUUUUUAGUAUUUCAAUGUUUCUUUUUAAAAUGUUUAAUCCAAUGCAGUGCACAAGUAAAGCUUCUUAAAAAAUA